UCCAAAACCUGAAAGGGUGGACAUCAUUUCCAGAACCCGAAGACUCUCUUCACUCUCCCCAACUGUAAAUCUCUCAGUUGACUCUCACUGUGUCACCAGUUAGCCGUAAUUCGAUAACUCCGAGAUGGAUCGCCGUCCCCUUCCUCGCCGUCGCCGGCAGUUCUUCGUCGCCGCCGUCAUCAUUUCCAGUCUUCUGCUCGUCUUCCUACCUCAAUCGGCGUCCGGAUCUCCCUCCAGAACUCGCAAACCCACCACCAAGCCCUCAUCGGUCUUCUCUCUCUUCAACCUCAAGCAGAAGUCCCGCUUCUGGAGCGAGUCCGUCAUCCGCAACGACUUCGACGACCUGGAGUCUCCGGCCGCCGCGAAAACCACCUUCGCCAACUUCACCGCCGCAGGUAACGUCGCAAAUUACCUAAAACUCCUUCCGAUUGAGUCUAUGUACCUCCCGGUCCCCGUGAAUUUCAUCUUCGUUGGAUUCGACGGGAACGGGAACCAGGAGUUCAAGCUUCACCCUGAGGAGCUUGAGCGGUGGUUCACGAAAAUUGACCAUGUAUUUGCGCACGCUAGGGUUCCCCAAAUUGGGGAAACCCUAACCCCUUUUUACAAGAUUAGUGUAGAUAAGGAGCAGAGGCAUCAUCUUCCUCUGGUGAGUCACGUGAAUUACAAUCUUUCUGUUCAUGCGAUUCAAAUGGGGGAGAAGGUGACCUCGAUUUUCGAGAAGGCUGUGAGUGUUUUGGCUCGAAAAGAUGAGGUGAGUGGUGAUGGAGAUGUUGCUUUGUGGCAGGUAGAUGUGGAUAUGAUGGAUGUGCUUUUCAGUAGCCUUGUUGGGUAUCUUGAGAUUGGCAAUGCAUAUAACAUUUUCGUGUUGAAUCCUAAGCGUGACUCGAAAAGGGUUAAGUAUGGUUACCGGAGAGGGCUGUCGGAUUCGGAAAUGAGGUAUCUGAAGGCGAAUGCGAGUGUGAUGCAGAGUAAGAUUGUUGAGUCGGCGGGGAGGGUUCCGGAUACUGUGGUUGCGCUUGAUAAGAUUAAGGGUAAGAGGCCUUUGUAUGAGAAGCAUCCGAUGGCAAAGUUUGCGUGGUCUGUGUCGGAAGAUACUGAUACGGUGGAGUGGUACAAUGCGUGUGAACAAGCGCUGGACAAUGUGGAGAAGUUGUAUCAAGGGAAGGAAACUGCGGAUGUAAUUCAGAACAAAGUCGUACAGUUAUUGAAUGGGAAGCAUGAGGAUAUGAAGCUUCUUUACAAUAAGGGAUUGAAAUCUGGAGACUUUAGUGAUCUUCAUGCUGAAUGUCUUACAGAUACAUGGAUUGGAAAGGAGAGGUGGGCAUUUAUUGACUUGAGUGCAGGCCCUUUCUCAUGGGGACCAGCUGUUGGUGGGGAAGGUGUGCGGACAGAACUAAGUAUUCCCAAUGUACAAAAAACAAUUGGUGCAGUUUCAGAAAUUACAGAGGAUGAAGCUGAAGAUCGCUUGCAAGAUGCUAUUCAGGAAAAGUUUGCAGUAUUUGGUGAUAAAGAUCAUCAGGCUAUUGAUAUUCUUCUAGCAGAGAUUGAUAUAUAUGAGCUUUUUGCUUUCAAACAUUGCAAAGGAAGGAAAGUAAAGCUUGCGCUUUGUGAAGAACUUGAUGAGAGAAUGAGGGAUUUGAAGAAUGAGCUCCAAUCAUUUGAAGGUGAAGAAUAUGAUGAUAGUCAUAAGAAAAAGGCUGUAGAUGCAUUAAAGCGAAUGGAGAAUUGGAAUUUGUUUAGUGAUACUCAGGAGGAAUUUCAGAAUUACACAGUUGCACGUGAUACUUUUCUUUCGCAUUUAGGUGCAACAUUGUGGGGGUCUAUGAGACACAUUAUAUCACCUUCCGUAGCAGAUGGUGCAUUCCAUCAUUAUGAUACAAUAUCGUUUCAGUUGUUUUUCAUCACACAGGAGAAAGUUAGACAUAUUAAACAAUUGCCUGUUGAUCUCAAGGCUCUCCAGCACGGACUCUCCUCAUUGUUGUUACCAUCUCAGACACCCGCUUUCAGUCAGCAUAUGCUACCACUUUCUGAGGAUCCUGCUUUGGCAAUGGCCUUUUCGGUGGCACGAAGAGCAGCAGCUGUCCCACUAUUGCUUGUUAAUGGAACUUACAGGAAAACUGUUCGUGCCUAUCUUGAUUCCUCCAUUGUCCAGUAUCAGUUGCAGAGACUGAAUGAUCAAGGCUCUUUAAAAGGGAAGCUUGCCCACAGCCGAUCUACACUGGAAGUUCCAAUCUUUUGGUUCAUCCAUGGUGAACCGUUGUUAGUUGACAAGCAUUAUCAGGCAAAGGCUCUUUCUGAUAUGGUUAUUGUUGUUCAGUCAGAUUCUUCAUCAUGGGAAAGCCACUUGCAGUGUAAUGGGCAGCCACUUUUCUGGGAUUUGAGGAGGCCCAUAAAAGCUGCAUUGGCUGCUGCUUCUGAACAUCUUGCUGGUUUGCUACCCCUUCAUUUAGCUUACAGUCAUGCCCGUGAAACUGCAAUUGAGGACUGGAUGUGGUCAGUUGGGUUUAACCCUCAUUCCAUUACUUCUCAAGGCUGGACCCUUUCACAAUUUCAGUCUGAUACAAUUGCUCGGAGCUAUAUCAUCACAACUCUAGACGAGUCAAUACAGAUUGUCAAUUCAGCCAUUCAUCUUCUAGGCUUGGAGCGUUCAACUGAAAAAACCUUUCAACUUGUUCUGUCCGAAGAGCGGGAUCUACUUAACAAGUACAACUAUGUUGUCAGUCUGUGGAAAAGGAUUUCCACUACUACUGGAGAAUUGCGAUAUGCAGAUGCCAUGAGAAUGCUACAUACCCUAGAGGAUGCAUCAAAACAGUUUGUUGAUCAAGUAAAUGCAACUAUAGCCAAUCUCCACCCAAUCCACUGUACAAAAGAGAGGAGAGUACAUGUGGAGUAUAAUUUGUCUACAAUUCCAGCUUUCUUGGUUGUCCUGGGUGUUCUCUAUCUUGUGUUAAGGCCGAGACGACCAAAGCCAAAAGUUAACUGAAAAUCCUGCAAAGGGUAUUUUAUGGUUCUUUAGGUGAAGUGGUUAGAAGAUAUACACCGUUAAGCUUGUGGUUGUAGCUGUGUUCAAGGCAGUGAAUCUAUACACUUAACAGCAGAGUUUUCUGAAAUGGCCACCAGGAAUACUGGAUAACUUGUUGAGUUGUUAGCCCCUCCGCCCUCUUGUAACUUUUACCAAAUAUGCACUUUUCUUCUCUUGUUUUA